ACGCUAGGGACGGUCGAUUUUUCGAAAACAGUGAAAGAAACAAUAAUUCAUUUUAAAAAGGUGCUCGAGCAGAGUAGACAGUUGAUCUGCAGCUGGAAGAGAAUAGCAAUUAGAAACAUAAGAAAGAAGAAGAGAGAGAGGGGGAAAAAAUCGGCAAAAAGCCGCCAUUCUCUCGGUAUGAAACGUGAAAAUCGAUCUGCAUCUCCAAGGAUCCUGUUGAGAAUUUUUGAGGACACGCAGUAAAUACGCAUCUCAUGUAAAGAGAGAACCGAGAAUUAGUAAUCCAUAAAUUGUGAGUGUUUCUGAAAUUUCAUGAAAUCGUGAUAUUCGUACCGGAAAUCGUCCCUUCCUUGCUCAAAGUUAAGGAGUUCAACGAGUCUAAAGGGAAAAUUUCGAAAAAAUGUUUAUCAGGACGGCUUUGUUGAUGCUUCUGAUAAUCAGCGUGGCCGGUAGCUGGUCACGGGCAUCGGGUUCUUUGAAGAGUAUAUGGUCUACUCUGUAUCCUGAGUCUUCUCGAGAACCUGUAGAGCAAAAUUGCGCUGGUUGCGCACAAAAUCGUGUUACAUCGCAUUACGAUCCAAUACUUACGGAAUGGCGUGUGGAAUAUGUGAAGCAGCAAAUACUGAAGAAAUUACGGCUUUCGAAACCGCCUGAAGUCUCAUUGUCGCUGUCCACUUUACCGAAGCCUUUAAUAAAUGGGCACGUGUUACAGCUACGUCCUGGUACACCAUUGGCGCCGGAGAAACAAGUGGAAAGCUUCUAUGGGAAAACAGACCAGAUAGUUAUAUUUCCAAAACAAGAAAUAAACGACCUGAUGAAUUGUCGACAAAACUCAAAUCACUUGGCCGCUUUUAAUCCAGCUGCCUGCUUCACUUUCAACUUACCAAACGAGAUGAAAUUCGUCGAUGUGACCUCGGCUGAACUUUGGUUUUACAAGGAACUCGAUGAGAAUGACGUGUUCAAUCAGACCUUCGUCCUCUCGGAAUUGGAUCACUGGGACCAGGGUGGAAGUUUCCAGAAGAAUACUAUAAUUGCCAUAUUCGAGAGUACAGUAGGAGAAGGCUGGGUGAAGACCGACGUAAGCUUCACGGCCAGGAAUUGGGUGGAGAAUCAUAAACUGAAUCACGCCAUACAAAUUGCUUGUAGUAGCUGCUCCAUCGAUAGAGACACAGUACCAAUAUCCCUGGAACAGACGUUAAAACCGUUCCUAGUUAUACAUACGUCUCCAUUGCCACAGAAAAAUCGAUCAAAACGCAACUCGAAUUGUCUGCCUGCAAUGAAGGAGUGCUGUCGUGACCAAUUGUACAUUAAUUUUAAAGAAAUUGGAUGGAAUGACUGGAUUUUACAUCCCAGUGGAUACCAUGCUUAUUUCUGUCGAGGUUCUUGCUCUUCAGUUGCAUCGAUCACCAUGAGUGCAACACCUUACAAUAAUGUUCUUACGAGGUGGUUAACGAUGAUGGGAAACGCGACUGAGAUGAAGAACAAAAUAGUUCCAUGCUGUUCACCAACUCAACUGUCGCCCAUUCAAUUACUUUACGUGGAUUCGAAUAAUACAAUAACACAAAAGACUCUGCCAAACAUGAUGGUCGAGGCUUGUGGUUGUAUGUGAAGAGCAUCUAAGUGAAAUUGGGGUCCGGAGAUACCCCGGAACGAGUAGCAGGACAACGUAGUGUAGCCAGAACUAAAUAGCCAAAAAACAUAAGGAAGGAACAGCAUCCUCCAGUUAAACAGUGAAAUCUUUUAAUGGAAGGUUGAAGUUCUUGGGAAAGGAACGAAUCGAAUUAUUAUACAACGUUCAUGACGUAGCUCGUUGUCAAAGUGGAAAGACAAAAACAAAAAUGCAUAAUAAUAUAUGAACUAUUCUGGCUAUUAACUGGCCGAUCAUUCGACUAAGUACCGUGAAAUAGUUAGUGAAUCUAGGAGAAUUGUUUUCUCCUUGUCAUUUCAUUUCAUUUCUCUGCACUUUAAUAAUUACGUUCGUUUCGAAUUUACGAUAUGAGGUAUUAUUGCGCACAGUCACUCACAUCCAUAUCAGUAUUCGCCUGGAAGAACAUUCCGUUCUAGCGUUUAAUACGGACAAUUAUAUUUAAUAAGCUACAUGACCGGCGGCACUUAUAAGUCCGCAUGAUUUUAUGCAAUCUUUAUUUAUUAUUAAGAUAUGAUAUGACAUAUAAAUAGAUAUAUAUUGUAUAUGUCAUGUCUAUAUCAAGAGUCUAUGAAAUCGACUCAUGGAUUUCUCUUGUAUUUUUAACACUUUUAUCUGUCAACAUUUAUUCGUAAUGGGAUUCAUUAUGUAGUGUAACUCUCAUGACGUGACAAAAUGACCGUAGAAUAAUUACGGUAUUUAUUGUUGACAGUUUUAGGUGGCAAGAAGAUAUUUAACUUAUUAAUUCCUUAAUAUUAUUAUCCCUUGUUUUAUCGUGAUUAAAAUUGUUUUUUUUUAACAAACGGAUUUUUAAGUUCCUACAUUCUAAUCGUUUGUAUUUGCAUUUCAAAAUCUAUGUAAAAUUCAUACUUGGAAUAUUAAGGGAUUAAUGUAAUUUCAGCCAUUAUGAUCAACGGACACGCUUGAUGUACUUCCUUCGUUGUAAGGAUUUUUGUUUUGUUUGAAAUAUACAAAUCCACGGGACUACCAACCCGUGGUGGAAUAAUCGAA